AUGAGUACUCCACAAAUCGAACAGAGAGCAAAUGUGGAAAUUUAUUUUGACGCGGCUUAUGAUCAGCAAACUUCCAAAUCUACUUCAAGUUUGGUUUGUAAAGGAAGUGGGGGUAGAAUCUUAGCCUCUAAAUCGGCUUUUCAUUCCAAUGUAGUGUCUCCGUUCGCGGCGGAAGCACAUGCAGGGUUACAAGCUGUAAGGUUAAGGAAGCAAAUGGGUUUUACUAUUCUACACAUAAUAAGUGAUUCGAAAACGGUUUUAAAAAAAUGCCAAAGUUUUUACCGGGACAGUUCAAUUAUUAGAGCAUUCAUCAGCUACAUUCAAGAAAUAAAGAGUCAUUUUCAAGAGAUUCAAUUUCAGUUUAUCCCAAGGACUGAAAAUACAUGUGUUGAUCUAAUCGCAAAAGAAGCGCUAAACAAAGGAGAGGAUUUUACCUGGAGGGAGGGAUUCCAGAAACCAUCCGAAGAGAAAUGGAGCAGUUACGUCUGA